GAUAAAUAUUGCAGGCACGAAUGUAACUUGCUUUGAUGCUAAUCACUGCCCUGGUGCGAUCAUAAUAUUAUUUGAACCACCUAAUGGUAAGCCUGUAUUACACACUGGUGAUUUUCGAUUCUGUGAGGAAAUGACAGAGCUGUUCGAUUUGCAAGCUUGUCCAGUCCACACUCUCAUCCUUGACACAACCUACUGCAAUCCCAAGUAUGACUUUCCGAAACAGGAGGCCAUAAUCCAGUUUGUCAUUGAUGCCAUCCGAGCUGAAGCUUUCAACCCAAAGACCUUGUUUCUGAUUGGCAGCUAUACCAUUGGAAAAGAAAGGGUGUUUCUAGAGGUUGCUAAAGCACUGCACAAGAAAGUCUAUGUCACUGCUGCAAAACUACGAAUCUUGGAAUGUCUUGGAUUCAAACAGGAAGAUAUGCAAUGGUUUACCACUAAUGAACAGGAGAGCCAUGUUCACGUCGUUCCCAUGUGGAGUAUUGCUAGUUUCAAGAGACUAGACCAUAUGGCUAAACAUUACAUGGGUCGAUUUAGUCUGAUAGUUGCAUUUUCGCCUACUGGUUGGUCGUUCGGAAAAGGAAAAAAGUCGACUGGGAGGAGGUGGCAGAAGGGCACCAUGAUAAGAUACGAGGUACCAUACAGUGAACACAGCAGCUUCAUGGAGCUGAAGGAGUUUGUAAAAUUGAUAUCUCCUGCAAACAUCAUCCCGAGCGUGAACAAUCACGGCCCAGAUUCGCAGAAUUCAAUGGUGUCCCAACUCUUGUAUUAAGCAAACGCAUAUAAACACCAAGUGCUGCAUAGUUAUCCUACUUCAUUGAAAAAAAAAAUGUAAAAAAAUACUGAGACAUGUAUAUAAUUAGUUAAAAUCUACGUUGUUAUUUUUGUUAUCCUAUCUAACCAACUUGUGUUUUGCUCAAUUAAUUAAAAUUAUUAAAAUAA